AUGAAUGGUCUUGAUGAGAGAUUGAAAGCUGACUCCCAAGUAUCAUUAUCUGCCCUCAAGUAUGAGCUUGCCAUACACCCACGGUUUCCUCAUCCCGUGUACUCUUCACUAAGAUUGAAAGCUGAUUCCAAGCAUCAUUAUCUGCCCUCAAGUUUGAAACCCAUUCUUCAAGGAUACUGGUUUUCCUUUUUGGUCAUGGAAACCAACACUAAUGAACCCUUUGUCCAAACACCAGCUGCUACAGAAGAUGAUAUUCCCACCCAAGUUGAGGAUUCUGCUGCUACCCAAGUUGCUUCCCAAGCUGAAGCAGUUGCUGCUUCUGAGUUGCCCCCAGUUCCACAAUGCCAAGUGAGUAUGACAGCUCCUGUUAGUGGUAGUUGUAGUGGUAGGAAAAAGUCUGUUGUUUGGGGUCACUUUGAAAAAGUAAAGAUAGGUGAGGGUGAUACUAGUAAGACUAAGGCUAUCUGUAAUUAUUGUCAAAAAUCUUAUAAUGCUGAUAGUAAGAGUUGUGGUACUAGUAAUUUGUUAGCUCAUGUGCCAAUAUGUCCCAAGAACCCUAAUAGAGAAGAUGUAGUUAAAGGGCAGAAAACAUUAGCUUUUGUACCCAAAAAGGAUGGAGAAGAUGGAUUCCACCUUGUGUCAACAUCCUUUUCUGUUGAGGCUUCUAGAAAGGCAUUGGCCGAAAUGGUUAUAAUUGAUGAGUUGCCUUUUAGGUAUGUCGAGGGGUAUGGGUUUAAGAAAUUUGUUAGUACCUUGCAACCUAAGCUUAGAUUAAAUGAUAUCCCAUCUCGUCAAACUGUAGCUAGGGAUGUGAUUGGCAUUUAUAAUAGUGAGAGAGAGAAGCUAAGGAAAUCCUUGAAGGGUUGUAGGGUGUGUCUCACUACGGACACAUGGACUUCUAUUCAAAAUUUAAAUUAUAUGUGUCUGACUUGUCACUUUAUUGAUGAUGCUUGGAAAUUACAUAAGAGAAUUCUAAAUUUUUGUCAAGUUGAAGACCACAAGGGGGAGACUAUAGGUAGAAAGAUUGAGAUGUCGUUGCGUGAGUGGGGUAUUGAUGGGAUAUUUACCUUGACAGUAGAUAAUGCUAGCUUAAAUUUAACAACAAUUAAAUUUUUGCAAAGGGUGACUAAAGAUUAG